AUGGGUCUCUCAAAAACAUGGAGGAUCAUAAUCCUGCUGGGUAUAGACAGUGCUUUCUUCCUGGUUGAGCUUAUUGUUGGCUAUUCCGUCCACUCAUUAGCCCUUGUGGCAGACUCCUUUCACAUGUUGAACGAUGUGUUAUCCCUUUGUGUCGGCUUAUGGGCCGUGCGUGUCGCCAAUACCGAAAGUUCCAAAAUGUACACAUACGGAUGGCAACGAGCAGAGACCCUGGGUGCGUUGGUCAACGGAGUUUUCUUGGUUGCCCUUUGCAUGUCCAUCUUCCUCGAGGCCAUUCAGCGAUUCGUCGAACCACAAAUUGUCACCAAUCCAAAGCUAGUCCUGAUUGUCGGUUGUCUGGGUCUCGCCUCCAACAUACUGGGUCUCUUCCUCUUUCACGACCACAGUCACGGCCAUGGUGGAGAAGAGCAUUCACACGACGAUGCGAUAAAAUCUGCUGAAGAAGGUCAUGCACAUUCUCAUGAUGAGGCGGAGACGAAUGCAAUUGGAGACGAGCAUGGCAACGUCGAAGAUGUGCUUCCUUCAGUACGUGUGGCUGGGUACAAGGGCUCCGAGAGAAAAGGCUUCACCACUUCCGAUGAGGAUAACACCACAAUCUCCGCGAGAUCCUCCAACACCCCACAUCGCAGAUCAUUCGCUAACGGCAACGAGGUCCAUGGUCGACAUCGUCGUAGGACAUCAGGCUCACUGAGUCGAGGCUUCGGAUCAGUUGACAAUAUUCAUAUCCACCCUGCCUCGUUUCGACAGGAGAUAAUCCAUGCCGCACGUCUGGAAGAACAGUCCGAGGCAUCUUCGGCAGAGGAGGAAGCUUUAUUGGACGAAGAUUCACCAAACGAGCAGCCGAAGAUAUUUGGGGACCACACCACUUCGCCCGGCAAGGGCUAUGGCAGCAUCGCCAAGCGAGCCAGCCAUGAUUACAGUCAUUCUGCACACAAUCACAAUCAGACCAAGGACGACCACGAAGGUCACGGCCACGGGGGCGGACAUGGCCACGGUCAUGACUUGAACAUGCGAGGCGUCUUCCUCCAUGUGCUGGGGGAUGCCCUUGGAAACAUCGGCGUGAUUGCGUCUGCAUUGAUUAUCUGGCAGACGACGUUCCCUGGUCGAUACUACUUUGAUCCGGGAAUUUCCCUCGUCAUCACCGUCAUCAUUCUCUACAGCGCAAUUCCGCUUUGCAAAGCCGCCAGCCGCAUUUUGCUCCAAGCUGUUCCCGUCGGUAUGUCGAUUGAUGAGAUCACCCAAGACAUCGAAGACCUUCCACAUGUGGUUGAAGCACAUCAUCUCCAUGUCUGGCAACUGAGCGACACGAAACUUGUUGCUAGUUUGCAUGUCAAGGUGGAUUGUGACGCUCAAGGAGCCGGGUCUGCUAGCUACAUGCACCUGGCUCGUGAGAUUCGCCAGUGUUUACAUGCUUAUGGCAUCCACAGUUCCACUAUCCAACCCGAAUUCUACACCGAUCAACCGGACUCUCCAGGCGGCUCAUCUGCCGUCGCCACUGGCUCGGGUAACGGACAGCCGAGUCCAAAGGCAAAUGGAGCCGUCAGCAGGACCGCCAGUGUUAGGAGCCACGAAACCGGCUGUCUUCUCGAGUGCAGCGACAAAUGUGCUGGCAAUAAGAUGUGUUGUCCAACCGAUUCCGGCGGGAAAAGUCCAAAGCCAUAA